CUCAGAGAGACAGAAUCCUACUUCUCCACGCACCUCUCAACAGUGCUGAGCAUUGCUCACAAAAAUGAUGAGCUGUCACAGAAUCACUCUGUUUCUGUUGCUUCUGCACUGUUGCUACAUCCGUGGCUGUCCUUCCCAGUGCCAGUGCUUCCUGAAGUCAAAGGCCAUAUGCUCUGAGGAGCGAAUGUACUCAUUUCCCCAAGGUCUCUCCCUUCAGGUGAGAGAGCUCAUCAUCAUAACCUCUGGGCUCUCAAGCGUAUCCGCUAACAGCUUCCUUGGCAGCCCUAUGCUAACGAAGCUGGCCAUCAUCAGCAAUCCUGUGAGGGCUAUCGCCCCUCUGGCCUUCAGUGGCCUCACACAACUGGAGGACCUGGAGGUCAGCGGAAACACUCGGCUGGAGGCUGUGCAGCUCGGGACGUUUGACCACCUGGGCAACCUCUCUAGACUCCUCCUGAACAACAAUGAGCUGCUGAAACUGGAAAAGGGGCUGUUUGAUCAUUUGCCCAACCUGGAGACUCUGGAGAUAAGGGGCAAUGCAUUUAUCCGGCUACCCGAUUUCCUCUUCUGCAAACUUCAAAACCUCCAAUCCCUGGAUGUGUCCAUGAAUAAGAUCGCCUCAGUGGAGGCCACUCUGUUGAGUGACUUGACACAGCUACAAUCCCUCAAGCUAGGCUUCAACCAGAUUAGCUCUCUCCCACCAGACAUGUUUAAAUAUGUUCCAGCGCUAAAGGAACUCAGUUUGCAGAGUAAUAAUAUAUCAACACUGCCAGAGGGACUAUUCGCUUUCCUAAAUAAGCUGGAGGAACUUAAUCUCCGAGAUAACCAGCUGACUGAGGUGAGGGCUGGCACAUUCCCCUCCAGUCUGAAGGAACUCAACCUGCAAGGGAACCAGCUCACCUCCCUGUCACUGGGAGAUUUGCCUCUUCUCACAGAUCUGGUACUGUCAAGAAAUAGGUUCACGGAUCUUCCCAGUGAUCUGCUCAGGAACGUAACUUCACUGGAACAGCUGGAUCUAUCUGAAAACCAACUCUCGUCUAUAUCUGCCAACCUUUUCUCAGGACUCUCUAAAAUUAUGUCCAUCCACCUCCACAAAAACAGCCUGACCUCUUUGGAGCCUGAGGCGUUCCAAGACCAGAUUGACAUGGAGCGACUGACUCUGGCGCAGAAUCGGCUGCAGAACCUUCCCCAUGGCUUCUUUGAGCCCUUUCUGGAAACAAGGAAUGUGAUCACUCUCCGUGGUAACCCAUGGCAAUGCGACUGCAACUUCUCAUAUCUGUAUACCUGGCUGGAGUUUGGAAGUUACCUGGUUGAGGAUCUAGGUCGGACCUACUGCAAAGGUCCCGCUGCUUUGAAAGGACAGAACUUGAUGUCUGUCGAGAGAGACCAGCUGGUAUGCUCCAAUAACUCUACCAAACCUGCUCCAGCAGACUCCCUCCAACCCCUUGACAAAGAAACAUUUGCACCAAAUCAAACUAACCAGUGCAUCAUGCAGAAGAGCAAUGGUGUUUACUCCAUAAAAUGCACAGUGACAAAAUGUUCUAAUCUUAAGAUUCAGGCCCGUAUUUAUGGUCCUGAUGGAAGCACAACAGACUAUGUUUUGAGCAAAGAGUGGUCUGAAUAUUCACAAUGUUUAAACGGCACCACAACACCCGAAGUUUGAAUAGGCCUAUUGUUUGUAAAGUUAUUUUUAAUCAUACUAUAUCUGUGAUGGUGGUGAAAACCAGAAAAAUGUCACACAUAAGCUCUCUCUUGUAUGAAUAACUUGUUCCAAGUUUACCUGUUAGUAAAAUGCCUCUGACUUCAACUUCAUAAA